GUUGAUGAAAAGGGGCGUGCACAAAGGCCAGGACAGCCGCUCCCCCAACCCAGCCUCUCGGCCCUCCGGAUAAAUCCCUCUGGCCCAGGAAUCUGCAUAAUGCCAUGCAGGUUCCACUCCGGUACCCUGAGUGCCAGUGAUUUUUCACCCAUAACGGCCUAUCAUCACUGUUUAUUUAAGCACCACUUAGGAAUUAAUGGGCACUUGUGGAGAAAUAAUAAUGGGGAAACUUAUUAAACUGUGUAAAUAGCUACCUGAAGGCGGAUAAGCCCUAACAUUUAGUCCAAUUCCGAAAAGGGGACCCAUUACUUUACAAAUACAAAGCUUGAAACAGUAAUGAAUCUGGUUUUAAUAUUGUUUCAGAAAAACUGCUGAGGUUAGAAUUUGUUGAUGUAACCUAUUAUUAUCUAUCAUGGGCCUAAGGGAAUAACUGUCACAAAAUACAUUUCAUCCAAGUAUAUCUAUCGAAAUGAUCCCAUGUGUGGUCCUUACACUGACAGUGUUUGUGGAGGAUAAACAGCCCAAUACCGCCAUCAUGCGGUUGAAUAGCGACGCUUCAUGCGCUUCGUCUGGUAAAAUCAAAGGUUGCUAUUAGCAACGAAAGUUAGACGCAUUGAUAUACAGCAGGCUCUAGAGGAAAAAAAACAGCUAACUGACAUUUUCUCUCUAACAUCUUGAGUUGGCUACACUCCACCUUCAUCGUGAAAAUGUCACAGAAAAGUCCAGAAAACGUCGCCGAAGCAGAAGGAAACACGGCACAGCCUGUGGACAGUGAACAGAAUAUAAAGGAGAAGCUCUGGGUCCUGUCUGCAGAUGAUGCAGCAACAGAAAUGACAGUUCUGCGUUCCAGGAUUGGUGAACAGUCAAGUCUGAUAUGCAUAUUAAAACACAGAGCUGAUGAGCUGCUUCUCCGAUGUCAAGCCCUGCAGGAAAUCAACACAGAGCUGGAGGACAGAAUGAGAGGCUGCCAGAAAGAACGGGAUGCAGAAAGGAAAAAAGUAGAGAUUAUAGAGAAAAGAUUUAUGCAUUUAGCUGCCAAUAAUCAAGCAAUAAUUACUUUUAAGGAUGAAUACAAAAAGCAGAAUGCACAGUUAAUGCUUGAAAAUAAGCAACUGAAGUCAGAAAAUGAAACCCUUUUCUCCAAAAAAUUACAAGACAAAGAGGAAAUGGUACAAAAACUUACAGAAGAAAUUAAACUCCUGACAGAAAAAUACACAAAUAAGGAAAAUGAGAACAGGGAGAAAAUGGCUGAAUACCAGUCAAAACUCCUGAAACAAGCUACUCACUAUCAAGACAAGGAGGCAUCACUGCUUGAUAAAGUGCAUAUUGCUGAGCAACUGCACAGAGACUUGAGGCAAAAGCUAAAAAAGGCUGAAGAGGAGCAUACAUUAAAGGAAAACAACAUGAUGGAGAGAAUUGCAAACCUCUCCAAAGAGAAGGACAAAUUGUUGCAUCUGUCUAAGGAAAGAGAGAAAUUAAUCCAGGAGAAACGGGAAGAAAUUCAACAGCUGGAGAAAAAAUGGAAAGAAGAGAAAAAAGUUCGAGCUGAAGUUGAGAAAAGGUUUGAGCGGGAAGCAGAAGCUGUUAAAAUAGAUGCAAAAGUGAAGUCUCUCCAGUGUGCUCUUGAUGAGUACGUGUCAAAAAAUGAGGAGUUAGAAAAGGACUUCAAAGCCUUUAGAGAACACAGCAGCAGCCUCCUUAUGCAGGAAAGGGAGUUAAAUAAGAAACUUCGUCACCUGAACGGCUAAAUUUCAGUAUGUGUGACCAAUAUGGGUAACAA